UUGUCAUCAUACCCUGGGUUGUUCUGAACAGAAUGAGACUAUGGUUGAUGUAGUUACCAGGUGACUUGUCAUCAUACCCUGGGUUGUUCUGAACAGAAUGAGACUAUGGUUGAUGUACAGUUACCAGGUGACUUGUCAUCAUACCCUGGGUUGUUCUGAACAGAAUGAGACUAUGGUUGAUGUACAGUUACCAGGUGACUUGUCAUCAUACCCUGGGUUGUUCUGAACAGAAUGAGACUAUGGUUGAUGUAGUUACCAGAUGACUUGUCAUCAUACCCUGGGUUGUUCUGAACAGAAUGAGACUAUGGUUGAUGUAGUUACCAGGUGACUUGUCAUCAUACCCUGGGUUGUUCUGAACAGAAUGAGACUAUGGUUGAUGUAGUUACCAGGUGACUUGUCAUCAUACCCUGGGUUGUUCUGAACAGAAUGAGACUAUGGUUGAUGUACAGUUACCAGGUGACUUGUCAUCAUACCCUGGGUUGUUCUGAACAGAAUGAGACUAUGGUUGAUGUACAGUUACCAGGUGACUUGUCAUCAUACCCUGGGUUGUUCUGAACAGAAUGAGACUAUGGUUGAUGUACAGUUACCAGGUGACUUGUCAUCAUACCCUGGGUUGUUCUGAACAGAAUGAGACUAUGGUUGAUGUAGUUACCAGAUGACUUGUCAUCAUACCCUGGGUUGUUCUGAACAGAAUGAGACUAUGGUUGAUGUAGUUACCAGAUGACUUGUCAUCAUACCCUGGGUUGUUCUGAACAGAAUGAGACUAUGGUUGAUGUACAGUUACCAGGUGACUUGUCGUCAUACCCUGGGUUGUUCUGAACAGAAUUGAGACUGUUUGCCAUUGCACCUGAAUACGGUCAUCACUCCUUUCUCUGCACGCCAACAUGAUGGUCUGUUUCUCUGAAUUGCCUUGUGAAAGCCUAACACUGUAAUAUCAUAUUUUAUAUCUUAGCUUGUCAUGUUGGCAACAGAACAGGCUUUUAAAUGAUGCCCACCUGACCUAGAUUGCUAUUUAUAAUGACAGUGUUUGGUUUGCCUAAACAACAGUGGUAAAUGUGUGAUGACGAGGAGGAAGGGCUGUGUUCCAAAGAAAACAACUACAAGUGUGCUUCCUCUAGUUCCUCAACGAUCCAGCUAGGAGAGCUCAAAAAAGCACCUUAUAGCUGAAGACUUCUUUAAGUCAGAAAGGUGCAUUGAAAUGACUUAGGAUCUAUGCACAGUUUGGAGAGGUGUGUGGCCACUUGGAGACACCAGUCAGACCUCUCACUCAAACCCCACAGUUUGGAGAGGAGUGUGGCCACUUGGAGAUGCCAGUCAGACCUCUCACUCAAACCCCACAGUCUGGAGAGGUGUGUGGCCACUUGGAGACGCCAGUCAGACCUCUCAUUCAACCCCUUUAAACACCCAUUUUCCAGCAAUAUUCUUAACAUGUUACUGAAUAUAUCCAGAGUAUUUCAGAUUUCGUUAUCAACAAAUAAUGUGAAAAGUACAGUAUAUGUAAAACAUAAAAUCAACAGUGUAAUGUUUGAAUUCAGUCUUGUGUCAGGUGAACUGUUGUGGCCUCUCACCUUCGGUCUAAUCGUUUCCCCAUGAUCUCCAAACUGUUCCCUUUCCAUUGCUACCACGGUUAUGCAUAUGCUUGUCAUAUUUCGUCUGUAAGAAACAUUUUAAUUCAGCCCUAUCCACGUAGGCCAAUUCCCAGGAGUGUAAAGGGUUAACCGGAAGGCCGGAAGGGGGGGGGGAAGGGGCUGACCCAAGAUGAGCAUUUAGGGGAAACUGUAUCCUACCUAACUCCUCAUACAGACAGGACUGGGAGCAUCUGCUCUCCCUUAUCACUACUACAUAGAUAUAUAUAUAUAUAGAUAGAUAGGCUCCUGUUUUUAAAUUUUACACAUCGGAAGGAAAGAACCGAUGCAGUGUGGCCUGGUUGUCACGGAAAACUUCUCAAAUCUGUGGGAGAUCAACGCUAUGGGAGAUCAAUGCUACGGGAGAUCAACGCUAUGGGAGAUCAACGCUGUGGGAGAUCAACGCUUUGAGAGAUUAACGCUAUGAGAGAUUAGCGCUACGAGAGAUUAACGCUACGGGAGAUCAAUGCUACGGGAGGUCAACGCUACGGGAGAUCAACGCUACGGGAGGUCAACGCUACGGGAGAUCAAUGCUACGGGAGGUCAAUGCUACGGGAGGUCAACGCUACGGGAGAUCAAUGCUACGUGAGGUCAACGCUACGGGAGUUCAACGCUACGGGAGAUCAACGCUACGGGAGAUCAACGCUACGGGAGGUCAAGCUACGGGAGGUCAACGGAACGGGAGUUCAACGCUACGGGAGGUCAACGCUACGGGAGAUCAACGCUGCGGGAGAUCAACGCUACGGGAGGUCAACGCUACGGGAGUACAACGCUACGGGAGAUCAACGCUACGGGAGGUCAACGCUACGGGAGAUCAACGCUACGGGAGAUCAACGCUACGGGAGAUCAACGCUACGGGAGGUCAACGCUACGGGAGAUCAACGCCACGGGAGGUCAACGCCACGGGAGGUCAACGCUACGGGAGGUCAACGCUACGGGAGAACAACGCUACGGGAGGUCAACGCUACGGGAGAUCAACGCUGCGGGAGAUCAACGCUACGGGAGGUCAACGCUACGGGAGAUCAACGCUACGGGAGAUCAACGCUACGGGAGAUCAACGCUGCGGGAGAUCAACGCUACGGGAGAUCAACGCUACGGGAGAUCAACGCUACGGGAGGUCAACGCUACGGGAGGUCAACGCUACGGGAGAUCAACGCUACGGGAGGUCAACGCUAUGGGAGGUCAACGCUACGGGAGAUCAACGCUGCGGGAGAUCAACGCUACGGGAGAUCAACGCUGCGGGAGAUCAACGCUACGGGAGAUCAACGCUACGGGAGGUCAACGCUACGGGAGAUCAACGCUACGGGAGGUCAACGCUACGGGAGAUCAAUAUGGAGGUGAUCACCAACAGUCAGCCAGCCAUGGGCGAUAGAGAAAGGAGUUUUAGAUUCACGAAAGACAACCGUCAACUCACCACAUUUGUUUGAUUGGGCUCUGAUAUCAUACACAGAGUGAGAUGACUGUCUCUAAUAGCAGCCCCUGUGACACACUAUUCCUGCACUACAUUUGACCAGGGCCCAUAGCUCUAUGUAGGGAAUAGGGUGCCAAGUGUCUGAAAUGGUACCCUAUUCCCUACAGGCCCUGGUCAAAAGUAGUGCACUAUGUAGGGAAUAGGGUGCCAUUUGGGACUUAUUAACUUAGACAAUAUGAGGAUUUUACAAUGAGCACUUAAAAAAAAAAACCCAGAUAGAGAUGGUGAUCUGGCCUCCGAUGGACAAUGGACAUUAUAUCACACUAACAUUGCAUCGGGUGUGAACCAAUAGUAAUAUCAAUAGUGAUAUGUGUGUGUACAAAUAAAACAUAGAAUUUGUAGUAAAUGAAUAUUGUAAUACAGUAUUUGGUUCUGGGAAGUAAAAAAAAGAUAUUUAGUUUGUCUUUUUAUUUUAAAUACUGACUAUCAUGAUGUUUGUCUCAUUUUUAUAAUGUUUUUUUGUUUGAUCGUGUUGUCGGAUUACAAAGCUCCAAAUCUUUUAACCCGCCUAUAACUUGAUAGUACCUUGACCAUUUUAACCCUAGAAUUGACUGGCUUGAUUAACUGGAGUGAUUAACUGGAGUGAUUGACUGGAGUGAUUGACUGGAGUGAUUGACUGGAGUGAUUGACUGGAGUGAUUGACUGGAGUGAUUGACUGGAGUAAUUGACUGGAGUGAUUGACUGGAGUGAUUGACUGGAGUGAUUGACUGGAGUGAUUGACUGGAGUGGUUGACUGGAGUGAUUGACUGGAGUGAUUGACUGGGGUGAUUGACUGGAGUGAUUGACUGGUUUGGUUGACUGGUUUGGUUGACUGGUUUGGUUGACUGGUUUGGUUGACUGGUUUGAUCGACUGGCGUGAUUGACUGGCUUGAUUUACUGGUUUGAUUUACUGGUUUGCUGCAGACAUUUUUUGGUACCCUUCCCCAGAUCUGUGCCUCGACACCAUCCUGUCUCGGAGCUCUACGGACAAUUCCUUCAACCUCAUGGUUUGGUUUUUGCUCUGACAUGCACUGUCAACUGU